AUGAAACGCCAAAUCAUUCCUGAGGCGUUUGUAAACCAAAGAGAAACUAUUGACAAAACUUUAAUCGAGGCACAAAACCAGCCUUCCCAAUACUACACCAGGCGUAACAACCGCAGAACCAAUGUCAACCAGUUCCACUCUGGUUCUUUGAGCCACAGCAGCUCAGACAGCAGCUCCAACGGCCAGGCCCUCAGAUACGGUUGGAACCAACCACAAGCCCAUAACCAAGCGCUUCCUCUCGCUCCUUCAGCGUCUAACAUGGGUGUGAUGGGUGUCGACGUCUACGGCUUCAGAAACAACGCCGCCAACAAGUUUGGUGGUGCUGGAGGCACCGGUGUCGUCCACGUGCCACAGAUCUUCGACGACCAGCCCAUCACGAAACCGCUGGUGUCGCUGGUGCUGCUGCUGGGUCUGAGAAACCUUAGCGACGACAGUGUCGUUGAUGCCGGCUUGGGUGCUCCAAGCCCCCACGCCGGAAACGGCGGCGGACUCGCCACGUUUGAUCCUUUCAACGAGAAGGACCACUUGUGGCUGUUUAAUUCGUCAAACAACUUUUUGGGCGGAAACCUUGCUCCGUCCAGCUCCAACAUUUGGGGAGAUAACAACAAGACCGAUGCUGCCGUGUGGGGUUAG